AUGCACGACUAUCACAUGCACUAUGUGAGAACUUUCGCACGCCUCAAGGGCAUUGUAUGUUUGCUUCGGAGUAUAAUUAAGCCUGCACACCUUCCCCAUGAUUCCAAGGAGCGACGUUCACGCCGUGCUUCUCCAUCACAACAUUAUGCUUCGUCUGGUACUUCUGGCGGCGGCGGUAGCGGCGGUGGCGGCCUCGCCCACCAUCCCUAUGGCGGCGAAAGCGAUGUAUAAUCCGGACCUCUUCCAGGGUGACAUCAAGGGUAUCGCUGGGCAGGAGCCUGGGCACGAGAGGGCGGCCAUCUUGGAGCCGCAGUACCUGUGGUCCGGCGGUGUGGUGCCCUACGUCUUCGGCAGCUCCAUCACUUCCCAUCAGAGGGACAUCAUUCUUCAGGGUAUGAAUGACUUCCAUGCCAAGACCUGCAUCAGGUUUGUCGAGAGAACAACACAGAGUGACUACAUCGAGAUUGUCUCCAACGACAGCGGGUGCUGGUCCUACGUGGGCAGUAUCGGAGGCAAGCAGCGCCUCUCUCUUGACGUCAACGGCUGCAUCUACGUGGGCACGGCCAUCCACGAGCUGAUGCACGCCGUCGGCUUCUACCACGAACACUGCCGGAACGACCGCGACAACUACGUCACCAUUCACUACGAAAAUAUUAUCCCAGGAUACGCCUACGCCUUCGACAAAGACACCAAUUGGCAGUACGUGGGCGAGGAUUACAACUAUGCUAGCAUCAUGCACUACGGUACGUACGCCUUCUCAGUGAACUGGGGCGUGCUGGAGACUAUCGUGCCCACGGACCCAAAUGUGGUGCUGGUCGAAGCUUACGACAAGUACGAGAUGGAGCACAGUGACGCCAACCAGAUCAACAACCUGUAUGCCGCCGAAUGUGCGCAGCGACACUAAGGAAAAGCAAAAUAUUAACAUCAAAAACAUA